UAUCCAAACAAAAAUUGGAAAUUUAAAAAACGGACCAGGAGCCGAAUUUGAUUUUGAUUUUGAACUUGACCCAUUUGUGUGCCCCGGAAGUUACUGAUUUGUUUAUUCUUGGUGGGUUUCUGUUGCGCGGGAGUUCACUGCAGUGUUAUCUACACAGUCUGUAUUGCUGUAGGCUUUGGAUGGAGUUGAGGAUGGAGAGUUUUAUCUUGUUCAGAGGAACUAAAUGCGUUGCAGUGAAAGAAGACGAUAUGACAACAGAAAAAAUCGGCAGGAUCUUUCAGGUACACGGUCCCAGUGUCUACAUCACUGAUGACAACAACGUAGCUGUAUUUCCUGGAGCUGAUGGCCAAUUUAGCUCUUUGGAGCUAACAGUAAGGGGGCAUUACGAGGUACAUGGUGAAAGUAUCAGCGUGGAAUCAUCACCUAGUGUGCCAGUAAUGAACAAUUUUACCCGGUUUUCCUUCCACCGCCCACCCAGCGCUGCUGCGGCUUCUGCUACAAGAGCAACUGCAAGUCCAAGACCUACCGUGGCAAAAGCAUUCCAAAGGAACAUCUUCAUUGGUGAGCUUGUGGAUGGCAAGUUGGAGACAAGCAGGACGCUAACUGUGCGUUUUUCUGAAUUUGAAGCCUCUGUUUUGGGUAUCACCAGUAAGGUCACUGAUGCCCUUGAACAAGAUGACUCAUUCGUCCUUACAGAUGGUCAAGGAAACAAAAUCCUAGAUUCCGAAGGAACCAGAGGAUCAGCAUUUUGGAAGCAAAAUGCAAGGAAAGUAUUUGCUGUGAAGGAAGAAGACUUACUGCAGUUACAAGCAAGUAAAAAGAGAAGACUGAGUCGACGAGAAGAUACUAGCCUUGAUUACAUUUUCGAUCAAAUAGAGGAGGUAGUGCUUGCAGCUCAGGGUCUUAAAGGAGUCUCCAGUACAAUAAAGGAACUGCAAGAGUUGGCAAAUUCCAACCGGAGAACAGACGUGUGUCUGACAGAGGCCCAAGCAGCAGCAGUUAGAGAUGGCUUUGCCUGUGUCAUCUGCAGAAGCGUCAUGGCUGAUCCCAUGGUCUCAUCGUGCUGCCAGAGCCUUAUUGGUUGCAGGAUCUGCAUUGAGGAGUGGCAGAAAACUUCUGCCAUUUGCCCAAAGUGUCGCGCUGAUGAAUUUAGUGUUAACGCACACAGACUAAAUGGACUCUCUGAUGCAUUGGAUGCACUAGGUAACAUACUCAGCGAGUAAUACUCUAUGCAGAGUAUGUGCACAGUUGCAUAAAUGUUCUUAACUGUUCUGUUUCUUUGCACAACACUUGCACUCUUUGAUGUGCUUACUUUAAAUAUGGUGUUAUUUACUUUGUACAAUGCUGUUAAAUGUUGAUGUUGCUGUGAAA